ACGGUAAGUCUUCUUGACUCGGGAUUUUCAUCGAACAGCGUCCGUGCAUCGUUAGUUCUACAACAUUUGCAAUACAUUGAGGUGAGAGCAGUUUGGACAAAGGGUUCGGAUUCGCACCCGGUUUUUACCACAUGGCAGUGGAGUUGUGCGCCGGGGACGGGGAGAGAGAGGUUGGCGCAGGAUUUGAGGACGAAUGGGAAGGUGAAGGCGUUCGGGGAAAUGCCUGAACGGAACAUUUGACGAUAGAGAGAGAGGCCUUGUUGGAAUAGGCCCUUUCUGACUAGUUCUCGCAGCUGAGUGUUCCAUAGGGUGGCUGCGUAAGUUCUGGUGGCUUGGAGGUGGGACAAGAGUCUGGUUGUGGUGUGCAGAGGCAAGGGUGGUCUGGUCAUAGCACGAGUAAGUUCGAAUGUGGGCAAGGGUGGAAUUC